AUGUCCUCAACACUCGUCUCUCCACGAGUCUCACCUAUGCCUUCACCGAUGCUCCUUCCACAAUCUCCAAGAGGUGCUGGGUUUUCUAUUCAACAAGUAACUUCUUCAACAACAUCAUCAUCAUCAUCAUCAACAUCUUCUUCUUGUUCUUCUUCUGUAACUUCUUCACCUGCCCUAGCCGCUAUAGCAACACCCAAACCAGUUCCACGUAGACCUUCUUACGAAACUUCUACUUCUUAUAUCUCUCAUGAAACUUCUUCUAAUAACAAACUACUUCCAAGUAAUUCAAACAUUUCAUUACUCUCUUUAUCUUUCUCUUCAACACUCCAUGAUGACCAACAACAACAACCACCCAUGGACUCACUUAUAGAAGAUAGACCUCUCCGCAUCAAAACCUCAGGAUCUCAAACCCCAGGAGCUUCUGCUUCAACACCAACAUCCCCAAAAACUCCCUACUGGUACAAACAACAUCUUACACCAACAUCCUCCUUCACAAGUGCAAGCCAAUACCUUAACUCAGCCCAACACCGCCGUGUAGGUCACUACCUCUCUUCUAUGGCAGUAACCUCAGCAGUCCCCCAACCAGGGUCUUUGUCUCGUCGUGGGUCCACUGUAAACUUGGCUUCAUCUCCAUCUUCUUCAAACUCAUUUUCAUCAAACAAUAUCCCUACUCCAUCUUCUCGUUCUCGAAGACCUUCCCAUUCAAACUACCUACAGAAUUCUACUACUACGACCACCACCACCUCCUCCUCCUCCUCACCAAUUUACUUUGUACAAACACACCACCAACCCACAGGCUCAACCCCUUCUUCUGUUGCAUCUUCAUUUUUUUUGCUUCCUCCAGAUUCUCCUAACUUGGGACCAAUUUCUCUUUGCAACUCUCCCAGUAGUAUGCUUCUCUCUUCAAGUGUAUCCACAGUUUCAUCUUCCACCGCUGCACCAAACUCUUCUGCAUUUUUUGAUUCUUAUACUGCUCCAACCCAAAAUAACAUUUUUGACGUUAUGUACUCUGGUGCAGGAUCUUUAGCUCCUUCUCCAUCAAUGCUUACAGGGCCUCCUAAGCAGAGUAACAUUAGCAAGACGUUUGGUAAGGCUGCCGCUGCUGCUGCUGCCGCUGCUGCUGCUGCUUCUUCUUCUUCUUCCAAUACGUCUUCUUCUUCCCCUUCUUCCUCCACCACCACAAAGGUCUCUGGUAACCUUGGUAGAUCACAUGACAUUCACCACUACCACAACCACAACCACCAAAACCACCACAUUCCUGCUUCGGUGGCUUUUUCUUUUGCCUCUUCUGGUCUCGUCCAAAACGAACCCGCCGCGCCAGCAAAGCCUCUCCUAACAGUUUCUUCUAACUCUUCUAAUUCUAAUUCUUCUACCUCCUCUUCUUCCUCUUCUUCUUCUUCUUCUUCCUCUACAUCAAGUUCAAAACCAACAGCAGCUACAAUGACAAACCUUUCAAGAGACCCGCCACCUUUGCGCUCACUCAAACAUGACGAUGACGAUAUCAAUGACACCCAACACAAUGAAAAUAAUAUUAAAAUCCCCCCUCUCAAGUCUUCAGCAAAUACACUUAUGACCUCAGACUCAACUGUCCCCUCCUCCCAGCAAUCAAGCCUAUCAAAAGAACAACAAGACCGCGAAAAAGUCUCUAAAACUGCAGCAGCAAUCACAGCAGCCCUUGAAUCGGAAAUCCGUAAACAGGCCGUCCCAGAUUAUCUCAAGGGGAAAGUCCUUGGCGCUUCUCAUAGUAGCCCAAUCAAUAUCCCAAGCUCUGUAGAUUUAACUCCUGCCCAAGAUCCUCAAGAACCUUCUACUACUUCUUCUUCUUCUUCUUCUUCCUUGGCAAACAAACCAGUCAAGAAAAUUCUCACAACUGACUCCAUUCUUGGUCAUAAUAUCCAGCAGCAGCAACCACUCCGUGGUAUAACAAUCUCUCCAGAUCAAAAACAAGCUCCACCUAUUCCAGGAGUCCCACCAAUCCAAACAAACCUCGCUUACUCAGGCUCUGCCUCUAGUCUUCGAGGAAUGCUUUCACCCUCUGCCUCAGGAAUCGGUCUUAAUUCGGCCGCAAUCGCAGCUGCUCGUCGACGUUCUAAACCUAAUCUUGCAGGUCUCUCGUCAUCAUACGACCGCCGUGCAUCUGCAACUAAUCUUUACCAACAACAUGAGCAGACCAUUGAUGAAGAUACAGAACUUGUGUCUCCCAUUGCCCCACAACAACAGCAUCAUCUCCACCCAUCGUCUGUCGGCAGCGUUACAUCUCUUCAUACUCUUCCACGCACUGCUCCAGACUCACCGGAACUGGCCGCCAUGUCGAUGACUCCAUUCGAUUCAGGCCUCAUGACUCCCAUGACUCUUGACCCCCUAACGAGCCGUCACGCGUCGCUAGCAUCAGUAGACAACUACUUUAGAGGCCCAGCUUUUCCUGUCACUUCAGUGGCUCAGGCUGCUGCAGCUGCUACUGCUACUUCUAAUUCUAAUUCUACUUCUACUUCUACUUCUACUUGUGCUACCAAUGGCCCGGCCCCAGGCACAUCUCCUGAAGAACUUACGUUUGAGCCUAAGCAAGUGCCAGCCAAAGGUGCUGCUCGGACGACGGUGGGAGGCGUCGGAAGUCUGUUACAAAGAGCUGGAAUGGUUGCAACACCUGUUUCCGAGGCUGUUUCCAGGCCAGUGUCUUUUACUACUUCUUCUUCUGGAGAAAGUGAGACUGUGACCCCUGAAAAUGAGUCCAAUUGUACGCAUUAA